CCUAUUGAUAGGGAAAAAAAUAGAAUGACCAUACAAAAAGACAAAAUAGAUGAAUUAAAACUAAAGAUGUAGGUUGAGCUUUAUAGAAAUGCUAUUGAUUUUAUUCUAGCCAGCUGUUCAUUCUUUUUGCUAGCAAGUUGACUUUUCUUUUAGCUUGUUUGUCCAUACAUAUGUAACAAUUCUUUUUAGCUUAUUUAUUGUAUAUCAGUGCCACCAAUGAAUCAGUCCAUGAAGAGUUAUUUCUUCUUCACAGCAUAAAAUAUAGUUACAUAAACAAAACUCUCAGAACUCUAUACACCAAAAAUGGGAGCAUUAACAUUAGUUUUCUUCAUUCUUAUAGUGACUAAAGUCUCUAUAGUAUUUGCUCAACAAAGAGACAACAAAAUCAGCUUAGGCUCAUCUCUCACUCCAAAUACCAAUAACUCAUAUUGGUUAUCAAAAACUGGCAAGUUUGCAUUUGGCUUCUACAAAAUACAAAACAAUGGCUUUGCAGUUGGAAUUUGGUUUGAGAAAAUAAACCAGAAAACAGUUGUAUGGACAGCCAAUAGGGACAGCCCUCCAUUGUCCAUUGAUGAUACACUGCUUCUAAACAGUGAAGGAAGACUUGUUUUGCUAGAUAAACAAGGCCAGCAAAAGUCCAUCAUUGCCAAUUCCACUGAGCUUGCAGCCUCAGCUUCCAUGCUCGAUUCGGGGAAUUUCGUCCUCCACAACUCGAAUUCAACCAUCAUUUGGCAAAGCUUUGCUUAUCCUACAAAUACCCUUUUGCCAAGGCAGCCUCUUGUGGCUGGAAACCAGUUAGUCUCAUCUGUUUCUGAGACGAAUCGCUCCUCAGGAAGAUUUCGGCUAUUGCUGCAUACUAAUGGAGAGUUGGGGCAAUACCCUGCAGUGUAUCAAGGUGGAUCUUUGGCUGAGCAGCAGUACUGGAGUUCAGACACUGAAGGAGAACAUUUGAGUCUGAAUCUUGAUUCAAAUGGCCAAUUAUACUUAGUCAAUUCCACAGGGUUUAAUGUAAUGAAUGUUGUUGAAGCUAGAGGCCUAGUUAUGUGUCGUUUGACAAUUGAUGUUGAUGGAAUACUUAGAUUGUACUCUCAUGAUAUGGCUCAGAACAGCAGUUGGUUAGUUGUAUGGAGUUCAACUAGCAAUAAGUGUGCUCCUAUUGGUUUAUGUGGCUUAAAUUCAUAUUGUGAGCUUGUUGAUCAAGAGCCAGUUUGUUUGUGUCUUCCUGGUUUAGACUACAUUGAUCUGAGCAAGAGGACUUCAGGCUGCAAAAGGAAUUCAACAAUGGAGGACUGUCGUAAGGAGGUUUCGAUAGUCGAAUUGGAUGGGAUGAGAUGGGAACCAGACUCUUAUGCAGUCAUGCCAUUGGUGGACAAGGAAACUUGUGAAAAGAGCUGCUUGAGAGAUUGUACUUGUCAAAUUGCUUUUUCUAAUAGUGAAGGGUGUUACAAGUUCAAGUUUCCCUUGAGAUUUUCCAAAGUGGGGAGAAAAGGCUUUGACAUAACAAUAAUCAAGGUCCAUAAUGGAAGCUUCACUAAUGAAGACUCAGAUCAAGGAAUCAAACAAGGUGGAAGUGGAAGAAGAAAGGAAAUCUUGAUCAUUGGCUUUGCUUGUUUAAGUUUUUCUUUAAGUUUCCUACUAUUUUCUCUGUUCCUUCUCUGCAGAAACCGUUACAAGCCUUAUGACAAAGUUCCUCAUAAUGCAAUAGCUGAUGAAGAACUCUCUCAGAGGUCAUUUACUUACCGCGAACUCGAGCUUGCAACCAAUGGCUUUGCUGAAAAAUUGGGCAAGGGUGCUUUUGGGACAGUCUUCAAAGGAAAAUUGUCAUGUGGGGAGAAAACCAUUGCAGUGAAAAGACUAGAGAAAGUUACAGCCGAAGGAGAAGUUGAGUUUCGCAACGAAAUGAGAUCCAUAGCAAGAACUCACCAUCGAAACUUGCUUCGUUUGCUUGGCUUCUGCCAUGAAGGCUCCAACAGGCUGCUAGUUUAUGACUUCAUGGUUAAUGGUUCUCUUGCGAAUUUCCUCUACAACUCUGAGGUGAAGCCUAGCUGGAAUGAAAGAGUUUGCAUAGCUAAAGGGAUAGCCAGAGGACUCUUAUAUCUUCAUGAAGAAUGUGAGAAUCAAAUCAUUCAUUGUGACAUAAAUCCCAACAACAUAUUGAUAGACGAAAACCAUUGUGCUAAGAUCGCGGAUUUUGGAUUGGCUAAGCUGUUGAUGCCUGAUCAAACAAGGACAAUGACUGGUAUUAAAGGAACUAGAGGAUUUGUUGCUCCAGAGUGGUACAAGAACAUGGCUAUAACAGCGAAAGCCGAUGUUUACAGCUUUGGAAUUGUUCUGUUGGUUGUCAUAUGUUGUCGUCCACAUGUUGAUGUCAAUGUGCCUGAGAAUGAAGCCAUCUUGGUAGACUGGGUUUAUGAGUGUUUUCAGGCUAAUGAAGUGGGAAAUCUAGUGCAAGAUGAACAAGUAGACGAGCAUGAAUUCGAAAAAAUGGUGAAAAUUGGACUGUGGUGUGUCCAAGAAGAUCCAACAAUUCGUCCAGGAAUGAAGAAAGUUAUGGCCAUGUUUGAAGGGUCUGCAGACAUUCUUGUUCCUCCCAUGUUCACCUCUUACAGCAGUACCUCACACAUCUUAACCAGUUAAUUUUUUUUUUCAAACAUCCAAUCAUGUGUAUUAUAUUUUUGUUUCCAUUUAAGUUCCUUUUUACAUGUCAAAUGGGUUGUGGAUUUCUUUUUUCUUUCUUUUGAAAACUGUCAAAAAUAAAGUACGAAUUCAUAAUAGCCUUACAUUACUGGUUUGUGGCAUUUGUGUUUAUUAAAUGGUCAGUUUUGAUUCAGAACCUUUUAAAGUCUUGUUUUUUAUUUAGUCUUCAAGUAAUAACUUGUUUUCUUGUAUUUGUAUGACUAUUUGAGAAAAAGAUGGUUAAUUUAAUAAAUUUAAUAUUGGAAUUCAAGAUAAAGUAUUGUCAAAAGAUGCAAAAAAAAUUAUAAUUCAUGUGAAAUUUUGUUUAAAAUGUGUGUUUGACCUACCCC